UGCCGUGAGUGUAAUGUAUUUUUCAUUCUAUAUAAUUCAGAGACAAUUGAAAAAAGAAAUCAAUUACUUUGUAUAUCGGUAACUGGUACUCAUAAAAAAGAAAUGGUUGUUGCACAGUAAAAGGUAAUAUUCUAUGGGUGAAUUUCCUUGAAAUCCUUUAUGUAUUUUGCAAUAUAUCAUGAUUUAACUGAUCAUUCUUCGUAUUGGUACCAGACGGUUUAUGCUAUUUUCCUUCGACGUGGGAUGAACAGUGGUACGACAGUGGUUUGGGAAACAUCACGCUUAACAGAGAUGCUUAUAGUGUUACUUCCGGAUGGACGUUUUCUGUACACGGAACGCAGUUGAAAUCAUGGACUUGUCAAAAUCAGUUGAAUAGCACAGAUACCAUGCUUUUCAAAUCUGACCAGUUUGUUGAAAUAAAUUCUGUCAAGCACAACGUCUUUCGAUGCAUAAAGUACACGAGGAUCACAGAUUACUCCUAUAUGUAUUACGUUUUAAAUGACGUCGAGACAAACGCCGGCAAUCAGCGUGUGUUAGUGGAGAUGUAUGAUCCCUCCAUCAACAGUUGGGACCCUGUUACAUAUUGCAAUCCAACAAAUGGUCCCGGUCAGGAGGAGUAUCACUUAUUGGUGAAGGCUGGAUUUACGAACGAAGUAAAACAAUGGUGCCCUGUCCCUUUGUUGGCGAAAUUUACAUAUCAACACAACGACGGAUCAAGUGUGACGUGUUCGUCUGCUUCUGACGUCAGAGUAUGUCCAGACUGGACGACGAUGGCAUUCAACUACAGUCUGUGUAGCACAGUGCAGGCGUUUUCUCAAGAUGGAAUCGUACAUUGUGUAAAUACAGUAACCACCGGUUCCACGUACUAUAUCACUGUUUUAAACCCUGGACUGGUGGAUGGUACUCAAUACCAACGAUUUACCUGUUAUGCCCUGACAUCUAGCGGAUCUUCAGUUCAGAUGAGUGACAGCGCUGGAAGUUGUAAUGCGGGUCAAUUACCUUCUGUUAAACAAUCGGAUGGCAGUGGCAUUAUUACGUUAACUCCAUAUGAUGGUUCUUGCACUCUGCCCUCAGACUGGAAUGGGGCGUGGUUAGACACUGAAAAAGACAGUAUAUCAUUUGACUUUUCGACCAACAGAGUGACUAAUGGUUGGUCUAUCUCCGCAUACAACAACACAGUGACGUCCUGGACGUGUCACAACGACAACGUCACCAACAAUUAUUUGUUGUUCAAAGCGGAUGAUUUGAUUGACAUCUCUGGCACCAAAUAUAACGUCUUCCGUUGCAUAAAGUGGAAAAAACUUACUGUAGACUCUUACCGUUACUAUAUCUUAGAAGAUGUAAAUGUGGCUGCUAACUACGAUCGGGUCCGCAUGGAGCUGUAUGAUCCGGCUGUGACCACGUGGAGUAUCGAUACCUACUGCUCUCCAACCUCAGGACCGGACCUCGAGGAAUAUAACGUCAUUGUCAAACAAGGGAAGCAAGAUGAAGUGAAACAGUGGUGUCCUAUACCUCUGCUGGGAAAUUUUUCAUAUUCACAUAACGAUGGAACCACUGUCACUUGUGCUUCAAAUUCCCUUCUCGACGUCUGUGAAGCUUGGACAACAAUGAAGUUUGACUACACUAAAUGUCCGACAAUUCAAGCUUUCUCAAGCGAAGGAAUUGUCCACUGUAUCGACACUGUCAAGAAAGGUUCCUUUUACUACACCUCCACAAUAAAUCCGGGAUCUGUAGACAACGUGGCAACUAAGAGUUUUACCUGCUUUUCCAUCAGCGAAUCUGGAGAUAUGUUGUAUAUGAGUGACAAGGCAGGAGGAUGCGCUAGAAACCAGACACCAACUGUAAAACAAUCAGAAGGCAGUGGUACAUUAACUCUAACAAAACAAAAUUCCUGCUAUGGUACAUCUUGCUCUCUACCCAGUGAUUUUGUUUCUGAUUGGUACGAUAGCGGCAAAGGCAACAUAUCAUUUGUAAACUCGUCUGUGAUUGGCUGGGAUAUGACGGCAUACGGUGAUCAAGUAUCCUCCUGGACCUGUCAAGAUAAUAAAGAUGGACUUUAUUUAUUCAUAGGGGACGAAAUUCUCGACACAAGUGAUGGGUACAAGAACGCCUUGAUCUGCCUUGAUAUGAAGAAGCUAACACCGUAUUCAUACCAAUACUACGUCCGAGCAGACACUGCUUCAAAUGCUAGCAACACGAGGGUAUACAUCGAGACACACAACUCCUCGGUAAUGACAUGGAAUACAUCUGACUACUGUACACCCACAGCUGGUCCGCAAAUAGAGGAGUACCACGUCAUCGUACGGAAAGGAUUUGAAAAUUCUGUGAACCAAUGGUGUCCAAUUCCUCUUCUUGGAAAUUUUACGUACGCCCACAACGACGGUGCAACCACUACAUGUAACGGCAAUUCUGGUCUGUCUGUCUGUCCGACUUGGACAACAAUGAAGUUUGACUACUCAAAGUGUUCUACAGUGCAGGCAUUCUCAAGCGAGGGAGAAGUUCACUGUGUGUACACUGCAUCUGAUGGAUCAAACUUCUACACCACUGUACUAAAUCCAGGAUUUCUGGAUGAAACCAACUAUCACAUAUUCACUUGCUAUGCUAUAUCAGCGACCGGAAGUUUUGUUUAUCUAAGCGAUAGUCUGGGAAUGUGUGAGUCUGGCCAGAUGUCCACUGUUAAACAGAGCGAUGGUAGUGGCACACUCACGCUAUCAUCUACUGAUAGCUGCUGUGAGGAGUCUGUUGUUAAGCAGUGGUGUCCUGAACCAAUGAGGGGAACUUUUGCGUACUCCCAUAAUGAUGGAUCCUCGGUUUCGUGCUCCUCAACCUCUGACCUAUCUGUAUGUCCAGAUUGGACAACGAUGAUAUUUAACUAUGCCCAAUGUUCCACAAUACAGGCCUUUAGUCAAGAAGGUGUUGUCAACUGUGUCUAUUCAACAUUAGUGGGUUCCACUUACUUCGUAUCUGUUCUUAAUCCUGGAAUUGUGAACAGUCCACUCUACAGCCGAUUUACUUGCUAUGCAUUGAGUGAAAGUGGAAGUCAGGUUGUGAUGAGUGAUAGCACCGGAAGCUGUGCUUCAGGGCAGAAUCCUUUUGUAAAACAGGCCACUGGCAGUGGAGUAUUGACACUUACUGUUAAAGAUUCAUGCUGUAAGUAA